GUGAAUCUUGAUAGAAACAACUGUUGAGCAUGGGAAACGUCCCCAGGGAGAUGGGACUGAGGCUCCUGCAGCUUCAGGCAUUCCUUGGCACGCUGCCGGCUCUGCAGUUGUUCAAGUAAGGGAAUGUGGAGUUGGUAGCACAGAAUUUCUUGGCUAAAAUCAAAAUACUUGCAAAAAGCAGCGUUUUUAGUAAACUCCUGGACGGUUUAAGAAAAGUUGCUGCAAAGGCAUUUGGGAGAAAUGAAAUGCUGGAUUGUUUGGGAAGUGUUGGAGGAAAACAGCAGUGCUGUGCUGACAGUGUGGAAGCAACAGAGGAACUGCAUUUCCAUUUCAGUGGAAUGGGAGAUCUACCAUGGUGGCUCCUUUUAAUUCGUCAGAAAGCUUUGAUUGGCAAACUCCCAGGAGAUCACGAGGUUUGCAAAAUAACAAAGAUUGCCGUGAUUCCACUUUCUGAAACAGAACCUCAGGACCUGGAGCUGGAGCUUUGCAAAAAGCACCACUUUGGGAUAAACAAACCAGAGAAGAUAACACAGUCCCCAGAUGACACAAAAUUUCUGCUGAAGACUCUUACCCAAAUUAAAUCAAAUGUGUCUGCUCCAAAUAAAAAGAAGAUUAAGGAAAGCAAAGAGAAAGAGAGGCUGGAGAAGAGGUUAUUGGAGGAGUUGUUCAAAAUGUUCAUGGAUUCCGACUCCUUUUACUACAGCCUGACCUAUGACCUGACAAAUUCUGUGCAGAGACAGAGCACGUGUGAGAAAGCAAACCUAUCCCUGUGGAGAAAAGUUGAUGACAGAUUCUUUUGGAACAAGCACAUGAUUGAAGAUCUCAUCAGCAUUGAUAAUGCUGAGGUGGACUUCUGGAUCAUACCCAUCAUUCAAGGAUUUGUGCAGAUUGAAGAACUGGUUGUAAACUACAGCGAAUCUUCUGAUGAUGAUAAGAGCAGCCCUGAAACCCCUCCUCAGGAGCCGAGCUGCGUGGAUGACGUCCAUCCCACCUUCCUGGUGGCGCUCAUCUCCCGCCGCAGCCGGCACAGAGCUGGAAUGCGGUAUAAGAGAAGAGGUGUUGAUAAAAACGGAAACGUGGCAAAUUACGUGGAGACAGAGCAGCUGAUUCACGUUCACAACCACACUCUCUCCUACAUCCAGACCCGAGGCUCUGUGCCUGUUUUCUGGAGCCAGGUGGGAUACAGAUACAACCCACGGCCCCGCCUGGACAAGAGUGAAAAUGAAACUGUGGCCUGUUUUCGUGCACACUUUGAAGAACAGCUGAAAAACUACAAAAAGCAGGUUAUUAUUAACUUGGUGGAUCAAACAGGCAGAGAGAAGAUUAUUGGAGAUGCUUACCUUAAACAAGUUCUUCUCUACAAUAAUGCAAAUCUGACUUAUGUUUCUUUUGACUUCCACGAGCACUGCCGAGGAAUGAAGUUUGAAAAUGUCCAAACACUGACUGAUGCCAUUCACGAUAUCAUUCUUGACAUGAAGUGGUGCUGGGUUGACCAGGCUGGAGUGAUCUGUAAACAGGAAGGGAUCUUCCGAGUGAACUGCAUGGACUGCCUGGACCGGACCAACGUUGUGCAGGCUGCCAUUGCCAGAGUGGUCAUGGAGCAGCAGCUCAAAAAGCUGGGUGUGAUGCCUCCUGAGCAGCCUCUGCCAGUGAAGUGCAACAGGAUCUACCAGAUCAUGUGGGCCAACAACGGCGAUGCCAUCAGCCGCCAGUACGCGGGCACCGCCGCCCUCAAGGGGGACUUCACCAGGACCGGGGAAAGGAAGCUGGCAGGGGUGAUGAAGGAUGGAGUGAAUUCUGCCAACAGAUACUACCUGAACCGUUUCAGGGAUGCCUACAGGCAAGCAGUCAUAGAUUUGAUGCAGGGCAUCCCUGUGACAGAGGAUCUGUACUCCAUAUUUACCAAAGAGAAGGAACACGAAGCCCUGCACAAGGAGAACCUGAGGAGCCACCAGGAGCUGAUCAGCCAGCUGCUGCAGAGCUACAUGAAGCUGCUCUUGCCAGAGGAUGAAAAAUUCCAUGGAGGUUGGGCACUUAUUGACUGCGACCCAAGCCUCAUUGAUGCCACUCACAGGGACGUGGAUGUUCUGCUGUUACUUUCCAACUCUGCCUACUACGUGGCCUAUUAUGACGAUGAAGUCGACAAGGUGAAUCAGUACCAAAGGCUGGGCCUUGAAGCUCUGGAAAAAAUAGAAAUAGGGCCCGAGCCUACUCUCUUUGGCAAACCCAAGUUCUCCUGCAUGAGGCUGCAUUACAAGUACAAAGAGCUGAGUGGGUAUUUUCACACCCUCAGAGCUGUGGUGAGAAACCCAGAAGAAGAUGGAAAAGACACUCUCCAGUGCAUUGCAGAGAUGCUGAGAAUCACAAAGCAGGCGAUGGGGUUGGAUGUGCCCAUCAUUGAGAAGAAGCUGGAAAGGAGGAGCAGUAAACCCCACGAGGACAUCAUUGGCAUUCGCUCUCAGAACAGAGGCUCCCUGGCCCAGGGCAAGAACUAUUUGCUGAGCAAGUUCUCCUCCCUCAAUCAGAAAGUGAAGCAAACCAAAUCCAACGUAAACAUCGGCAACCUUCGCAAGCUGGGCAGCUUCGCUAAACCAGAAGUGAAAGUCAAUUUUUUGAAGCCAAACUUGAAAGUGAAUCUCUGGAAAUCAGACAGUAGCCUUGAAACUCUGGAGAACCCAGGGGCAGAUCCCAAAGCCCAGACCGAAUCUGACACAGAGGGCUCAGAUAACGACUCAUUCCAUUCCGACGACUUCCUGACUAAUUCCAAGUCGGACGAGGACAACCAGCUCACGGACUCCCUGGAGAACAUCGGUCCCACGGACUACGUGCUGCCCAGCUGCGGCAUCCUGGCCUCGGCCCCGCGCCUGGCCAGCCGCUCGCAGUCCCUGAGCGGGCCGGACAGCGCCGGGCCCGAGGGGCAGGGCUCGCAGGCGGGGCAGGGAUCGCAGGCGGGGCAGGGCUCCCAGCCUGGCCGCUCCCACUGCCAGGACGAGGACACGGCCGCGCCCUCUGGUGCCAGCGCGCACGGGGAGCUCCCCAAGCCCAUCGAUGUGUACUGCCAGAGGUUCGUGCAGGAUGCCCAGAGCAAGGGCUCGGAUGGUCUGGAGGCCCAGGCUGGUUCUCAGGAGCCCCCUCGCCCCUCGGCACAAAGCAGCAAUAACGCGGCCCAAAGCACGGCUGAAGCUGUGGGGGACGUCCCUUCCCGGCCCUCCAAGCUGGAUUUCCGCUCUGCUGAGCCCAGUCCUCAGCUCCUGGCUGUGGGUGGGACCGACUGCGGUAAAUCCCACAGGAGCCCCGGCUCUGUGUGUGGGAACCCCGAGCCAGGACUCCACCCCACUCCCUCUCCCGCCGAGGGUGGCAGCAGGGCCGUGUCCCCCUUCGCCAAGAUCCGCAGCUCCAUGGUCCAGGUUGCAAACAUCACCCAGGCAGGACUGACUCAAGGGAUCAACUUUGCCGUGGCAAAGGUCCAGAAGAGCCCUGCGGAACCAGAAGCUUUAAAUGAAAUCAAGCAAAAAGAACUGAGGGAAAUGUUUACGCAAUGCCAGACCCGGAUAAUUCAGAUCUAGUUGCUGAUUCAGGAAGUGUUCUUCUGGUUGUGGCUCUCAAUAAAGUGCUACAAAAACACGAUGGCAGGACUUGUGGUGGCAAGAACAGCUACUGGAUACUGGGAUCCAUAAGAGGUAACUUGUUUACAGGCAUUGAGAGAUGCAGAUGGAUUUGGUUGUGACCAAGCUGCAGAAUUCCCUCCUGAGGUGAGACACAAGGGUGAACCCCCCAUUUAAACAGGUAGCUUAGACACUGGGACUCAGUAAGCAUGCUGUCUAUCUUAGAUGUGUUGCACAGUUAUUUUUUGGAGACUAAUUUUGUAGCUCUUCUGAAUUAUGUAGAAAGUAUUUAUACUACAAAGGUGAUACUGCACUUCUCUGACCUUACUUACCUUGCACUACACCAGCAAAAUAACCUACCCGUAAAUGACAUUUUCUUUAUUUUUGGACUAGAGUUUUUACUUGUUUUCAUUGAGGUUUUAGAUGCAGCUUUCUCUGAAUUGUGCCUCUACAACGGGAACCGAUGAGUUUUUGUUGAAUUUAAAUACUUUACCCAGAAAGUGAGAUUUCUUUGCUAUCCUUUUCUUUCCACACAUCCUGGAACACUUUCAUUAAAGACCCAAUCUGAACUAUCCAUGAUCCUGCAGUGCAGAUUUCUUCUGCAGAUUGGUUCUUUUUUUCCUCCCUUGAGGUGAGGGGAAAUGAAGCAAAUGCCCUUGAGCUGUUUUGCCCACGUUAAAGCAAUUCUUAUUUCCUCUUUUUCUGAAUUCCAAACUCUGCCAGUUCGCUCUAAUUUUCUGUGUCUGUUAAAGCAAGACAAGACACCUGCCCUUCAGGCCUUGUGUCCCUCUUGACACUGUUCCAACUGCCAAGUCCAGACAACAUCUGAAGCAGCAGGCAGGGUCCUGCUUCCAUAACCAGUGCUGCAUUAGAGCAGAGUUGUGAGCAUCCACUCCAGACCAAACUCAUUCCCUGCUGCAGCUCUGCAGGAUAAAGCUGAGCAUCAACUCCUGCUGGGAUGAAAACUCCCCUCCUCUGUGUGUGUCAAAAUCCAGCCCCAUGCUCUUUCCCAGACAUGCCUUGCCCUGCCCUGCCAGGCAGGGCCUCCCUGUGCUGUGGUUUGUGACUGUAACACCCCCAGCCCCAGUGCCUCUGUCUCAUCCCUGUGCUGUAGAUAAUCUGCACGUGGUGUCCCCACAGCCUCCUGUCCUGGGGGAGGGGAGUUCUGUGUCUUAGGAGGUGUAGUGUGUCUGAAACGACUUAUCAUCUAACCCUGACAGCCUGAAACUUUGAUAAACAAAUUUAUUUAUUUUAUUAAAGUGAUGUGGGUUUGGGUUUUUUUUUUUUGAGUGUCUAUACUUGUGGCGAUAUUUAAAAUUAAACUACUGCUGUAUUUUAAUGUGAGCAAUAUACAUGAGAUAUUUUAAUAAAAAAAGCGCAAUCAAA